CCAAAACAAGAACCAAUUGCAAUUCAUCCUGCGCCUCUGGCGAUUCAACCUGCGCCACCGAUGACUCCUCAACAACAGCAACAGCAAACGCCGGUAGCGGUACAACAAGCACAAAUCGCUGCUCAUACUGCAUCCACUCCUCUUCACACACCUCAGCAUCAAAUUCAACCACAACUUCAUCAUCAUCCGCUAAGACCAAGCACAGCGUCAGCCACAACAACGCCACAAACCACGCCUUCUGGUAAACCCCCCGUCGGCAGUGAGGAAUGGCACAGACAACGUCGAGAAAAUCAUAAGGAAGUAGAACGACGUCGCCGAGAUACCAUAAAUGCUGGUAUCAAUGAAUUGGCGAAAAUUGUCCCAGGGUGCGAGAAAAACAAAGGCAGUAUUCUCAAUCGUGCUGUACAAUAUAUUCAACAAUUAAAGGAGAAUGAGGCUGCCAAUAUCGAAAAGUGGACAUUGGAGAAAUUACUAACUGAUCAAGCAAUCCAAGACUUGCAAGCACAGCUCGACAUGCUUAAAACGGAAAACACGAGACUUCGCUCCGAGUUGGAUGAAUUACAACCGGCGAAAAAGAAACAAC